AUGAAUGAGCAUGAUGAUAGAGUUCUAUCAAGUAAUGACGAGAGGUUUAACAGAUUUUUGGAAUAUAGAGGAAUAAAAAGAGUGCCGAAAUCUACUGAUCAGCAUGAUGAAGAAACAAGGUCUCCUAGAGAAUCCAGAAGGAGUUACAAUUUAUUUUCUGGUAGUGAUGAUGAAUCAGUGGUUGAGGCCAAUAUUAACGCUGAAAACCAUAAUCUAGGCAUAUUCGAUGUCGAUAAUAUAGAUAUUGAUAUGAACGAUGAAAGAGUAAUUGACUAUUUUGGACUUAGUAGACUUGAGGAGAAUCCUGAUGCAGACGAAUUCUAUACUGAAAGAAGAGAGAGCUUUACUUCAGAUGAAUUUAAUGAGGUAGAUUUAAGAAUUGAUGAGAAUAAUGAUGUUUGUACAAGCACCGUUGAUAAAGAAAUUCAAUAUGUUGCUUUCAAUAAAUUCGGAGAUCGAAGAUAUGGGAAUAACUCUAAGGAUCGUACUAAGUAUGAACCUAUCGAGCCAGAGGCUGUAAAUGAUAAGUUUCCACUUAACAGUCAAAUAGCGUUUUUAAAUUGGGAAGCUCAUGAUUCAACAACUCGGGUGGAAAUUGCAAGCUCGAAUGGCCUUGAGAGCAAUGAUGAAGACAAUAAUAAUAAUGAUGAUGAUAAUUACGAUAAUGAUGAUGAUGAUAAUUACGAUAAUGAUAAUGAUAAGGACGGUGAUAACAAUAUUAAUAAUAACUUCAAAACAGUAACUAAUAACCAGAUCGAUAUAGAUCAUGACAAGGAGCCUAUAUCCAAUAAAAAUCAAGAAUACAGUAGAAUACGGAGAAUUUGUAAAACUAAUGGCGGUAUUUAUGAUCCACAUAGGUCUGAAUUUACCGCAAUUGAAGAUUCAGACCCAACUAAGCUUGUUAUUUUACCUCCAGCUCAAAAAUUUAGGGAUCUGAUACAAUUGGAACCUUUAGGAGUUAAGAAAUUAAUGGGUCUUGAUAAUGUUCGAAAAUAUAAGAAUAAUAUAAGUGCAACAAUAUCCGAUUCUGAAGGAAAUAAUUUUCUUGUCACUUGUGCAAAUUCGGAUAUAGUAAUAUUUGAUUUUGAUUCCAUAUCUCAAUUGCCGAAUCACUUACCCGUAUUUCGCUUUGAUACAAAGCCUACAUUUACUUCUACAACGGAUAGACUUAUUUCUACUUGGCCUUAUUUCCCACAUACCAUUAACUUCUUAAAGACUGAUACUUGGCUAGGUAAGCAGAUAUUAGGUGCCUGUCUCGACGAUGGUACUUUAAUGAUAUGGUACGUAGAAACAAUAACAGAACAAUUAACAAAGUUCGGUUUAACAAAAAAUAAUAAAGUGGACAAUGAGUCAGAGCUUGAUAAUUCAUAUACAGAUCAAAAUAGAUUUUAUGGUAUCAAAAUAAACCCAGAUUUUAAAUUGAAAAUGGAGGCAUCUCUUUGGGGAUUAGACUUUUUAUCUUAUGAAGAUGAUGGAGGAAAUAUGCAUAAUUUAAUUAUAGCUUCCGAUAAUUCUCAAAGUAUUGUUUUGUUCUAUUACCACGUCCAAGAUGAAAGGUUUUAUCAUAUUAAGAGUCACCAAGUAUUGCAUAAUAUACCAGAGGUUUCGUUCUUGUCAUCACACAUCCAAGAUGAGAUCCAUAAAAUCAAGGUCGCAUGUGCUUCUAUUUCGGGAGAAUUGAUAAUAUUCAAAUUUAAUUUCAAGUUAAAUGAUGGACCACUUGAUAGAGACGAAUACGAAUAUUUCAGAAAUGAGGUUAUCUAUUAUGUGGAUGCGACCAUGGCUCAAAUAGAAAGCAGACGAGAGAACAGGCCAUCAGAAGAAGAUUUGAGAGAAACGGAACUAAGAAUGAAGAGGUUUCACCGUGUACUAUUUAAUAGUCCAACAGUGGUUAGUAGGGUUUUGCUUGGUGAAGACUGCUGGACUUGUAAACCAAUUUCAUCUAAUGCAUUUAAACAAGUUCAGUCAGUGAGAGCUAUGACAGGAGAUCACAGAAUAAACGAAGAACAGGAAAUACAACAUAUAAUGAACGAGUCCGAAAUACUUGAUUUCCAGUAUGACCCUUUGAAAACAAGUCAUUUGGGUUUGAGUGCCCGCUGGCAAUUUUUCGAGAGUCCAGUUCUAACACUUACAACUAAGUUGACAGAGAACCAAGAUUCAACACUUGAAUCAGCAAAGCUUACUGGGGUCGAUGAUGACUAUAGACGAAUCCAUAAGGGCAUUGAUAAUUUCGUGUGCAAUCAACAACAAAAAUAUAUUUCAAAGAAGAAAUCGUUGAAUGGUAAGUCUUAUUGGCCUUUAGACGAACCAUCCAUCAAUAUGCUUGCGGUAUCUACUUCCAAAAAGUUGGGUCUCUUCAGGGCCGAUACAUUAUAUUGUAAUUCAUCCACGAAGAAACUCUUUAAUUUGUCAAUUCCUUUUAGUGAUGAGAGUAAGUUCUCAAACAGAAUCUCAAUCACCCAUAUAAUUCCUGCACUACUGUGCUUCAUAGCUGUCACCCAACAGGGCCUAAUAAGCAUCAUGCGAUUGUGCCAGCACAGAGGGUUAUUUGGUAUGAGACAAGAACAUAUUUUUCCUAAUGCUCUAAGCUUAGCAUUGGGUUCCCGUGGGUACAGAACGAUUGCUGGUUUAGCAAUUAGGGAUAUGUCUUUACCGAAAUUUCCACGCUAUUUUAUUUAUGUGACCUACACUGAUGGGAUUAUCGUUGCAUACAAGUUAACUGUGAAUAACCUCCAGGACUUGGUUCUUCAGGUGUAG